AUGCGAAGAUGUCACCUGCUUUUGAGACUCGGUAGUGCAUUAUCAUCCUACAAUGUCACCGCUUUGGAGCAGAUUGUACGCGCACUCAAACCAUUUGUUUCUGAGGUUCCGUGUCCCGCAGAAUUAUGCAGCUCCACAGUUCUUCAAUCUCUGCGUGUUCUAGUCCACUCAUCCUCCUCCUAUGGAGCGCUCGCACGAUUCGCAUAUAACAAGUUAAUCGAGUCUGGCGGCGCUGAGAUGAAACUCGCAUCAGACAUAAUCAUUCACCAUGACCCAUGGGAGGUCGUAGCACAGGAGUGGCACAUGGAGGAUAUAGGGCCAGUAUGUGGGCACAAGCUAAGACCGCGAAAAAAGAAGAUCAAGAAAAAUAUUGAUCGAUAA